UGUUUUGUUUUUCAAAUGCCUGACCAGCUGGCAACGCAAUUGCUUUGUCACAACACGUGCAACGAUUAUAACUAGAGAAUAUAGCUUUAAUUUAAUAAUUAACUACUGAUUCUCGAUAAAAACGGUGCAGAAUGGGCAAGCCGAAGAAGGCCAAUGUGGCCACGAUCAAGACCGUGAAUCUGGAGAAGCAGAUAACCGAGGGCAAGGUGGCCAAGGCGAAGACCAAGGAUAAGGUCAAGAUGCGGGCCGAGGAGUCACCGAACCUCGAUGCCAGGAGCAGUCAGAACAUUCUGGCCGCGGCCAAGCGGCAGCAGUUGGAACUGGACGAGGAGAACUUCCCCAGUUUGGUGUCCGUCAAGAAAGUCAACUUCAGUUUGAGCGAUGGCAUGGCCAAGGAGGAGGAUGAGGAGGUCACCGAGACGGACUUCAUGGCCGAUCUGGACAUGGACGCCGACGAUGUGGCCGCCUUUGAGCGCUUCCAGCAGCCGGCAAAGGAGGGAAAGCGCACGUUGCACCUCUCCCAGAUGAUCAUGCAGAAGAUCCAGGAGAAGGAGGCAGACAUACACACAAAGAUCUCCGACGAGGGAUCGCUGAAGAUCGAAGAGAUCGAUCCCAAGGUGAAGGAGAUGUAUGAGGGCGUUCGAAAUGUGCUAAAGCGUUAUCGCAGCGGCAAGAUUCCAAAGGCCUUCAAGAUCAUACCGAAACUGCGCAAUUGGGAGCAGAUCCUGUUCCUUACGGAGCCGCACAACUGGAGCGCCGCUGCCAUGUUCCAGGGCACGCGUAUCUUCUGCUCAGUGCUCUCGCAAGCGAUGGCCCAGCGCUUCUACAACCUAGUGCUGCUGCCACGCGUUCGGGACGAUCUCUGCGAAUACAAGAAGCUUAAUAUGCAUCUCUACAAUGCCCUGAAGCGUGCUCUCUUCAAGCCGGCCGCCUUCAUGAAGGGUAUCAUCCUGCCGCUGCUGGAGGCCGGAGAUUGUACGCUACGCGAGGCUAUUAUCUUUGGUAGCGUGGUGGCGCGCAGCUCCAUACCUGUGCUGCACUCCUCCGCCUGCCUGCUGAAGAUAUGCGAGAUGAGUUAUUCGGGUGCCAACUCGAUCUUUAUCCGUUACUUCCUGGACAAGCGCUAUGCCCUGCCGUAUCGUGUCGUCGACGCGGCAGUCUUUCACUUCCUCAGAUUCGAGAACGACAAACGGGAGUUGCCAGUGCUAUGGCACCAGAGUCUGCUCACUUUUGCCCAGCGCUACAAGAAUGAUAUAUCCUCCGAACAGAGGGAUGCUCUCCUCCAGCUCCUAAAGAAGAAAUCCCACUUCAAGAUAACCGCCGAUGUGAGGAGAGAGCUGCAGGCGGCCAGCUGCCGCGAUGUCGAGAUGAUGGAGACGGAUAAUGGUCUGGCCGGACAGCCAGCCAAGAUGUACACAGAUGCCGAUGUGGAAUACAAUGGCUAAAUACAUAGGGAGUAAUUAAGGAAUGAUAUUGUUUUAAUAUUUA